GAAAUCACUCAUGCAGGCGCCUCCGAAGCUGAGAAGCGUGGAUCAACACCAAUGCUUGAGCUUCAUAUUAAUUUGGCCAUGGGCGAUUUGUUCAAUCUUCUUUGGUUUUGUCUAGAGCACCUUUUGAAGAUUGAUAGUUCGGCUGGAAAUUGCACGAGCAGCAAGAGCAGGUGUCAUGUCUCCGUUCUCGGCGAAUAGUGAGGGCGUUGUCGAGCCGCACAUUCAACCAAAAGGACAAACUCACCAGUACAACACGUUGAUAGACCUUUUUCAUCAUAGCGUCACAACGAACCCGAGAGGUAUUGCUCUUGAUGACUGGACCAAAGAGCCUCCAUCUCGGAAGCAAUUGACAUAUGGCGAACUCGAUGUGGCGUCAACCAACCUAUGCCAGCAUUUACGAGAGCGUGGGGUUGGACCAGGCAGCAUCAUUCCAAUUUUAUCCACGCGGUGUUUUGGAAUGGCCAUUGCAACCCUGGCAGUUUUGAAAGCGCGCGCAUGUUACGUCCCAGUCGAUUUGAGUUCAUGGGCAAAAGAUCGCAUCGAAAAGACCUUGUCAAUUGUAGACUUCCAGAUCCUUAUAUCGACUGAUGAGAGCUCACUGGACGUAUACCCAGAAUGUGGUGUUUUACUCGAGCCCAAUUCGACUACCUUUGCCAUGAAAAGCUUGGGUGAAGAAACUGUUGAUCAUUCUUCAUGUCUCCAGCCACUUUGGGGAAAUGGCACCGACUUGGCGUACAUUAUCUUCACGUCAGGCACAACUGGGACUCCAAAAGGCGUUAUGGUUUCUCAAGAGUCGAUCACGGCAUAUGUGCAAGAAGGCAGCCCCGGACCGCCUUUUAAUCUCGACGUUGACAUCUCGAGCAGAGUACUUCUUAUAUGCUCUAUUGCUUUUGACGCUUGUGUUGCCAUUAUGUUUAGUACUCUUUGCAACGGGGGUACACUGGUCUUAGCAGAUCCACCUACCUUGGCGGCGGCUUCGGAUGCGUGCUCCAUCUUAAUUUUAACGCCUAGCAUACUUGCAACGCUCAAUCCUGCGAAUAAGUACCAGUCAGUACGAGCUAUCUUUUUGGGUGGUGAGAGCCCAACCUCAACUUUGGUUUCUGCAUGGGCGAGCGCGAAUAGACGGAUUUAUAAUGGAUAUGGCCCAACGGAAGCGACCUGUGGUGCACUCAUGGCGGAGUUAAAGCCCGAUCAUCCCAUCACGGUUGGGAAACCAAUCUCAUUCGCCGACAUUAGACUCAUUGAUCCAUCAACUUUAGAAGAAUCGGAAGAAGGCGAAUUGUAUAUUGGAGGCAUAGGAGUUGCGGUAGGUUACUACCGCAACCCGGAGCUCACAGGAAAGUCGUUCGUCACUCGCAAUGGAACUCGGUAUUACAAGACUGGAGACUACGCCAAAACAACUCCGGAAGGCAUCGUUCUCUGCGGAAGACGAGACUAUUUCGUUAAAAAUCGUGGAUUUUUAAUCAAUCUCGAAGGCGACGUCGAACCGGCCAUGGCCAGUUUCCCCGGGGUCCAAGCUGCCAUUGCUCUACAAUAUAAGGGACGCCUUCAUGGAUUCGUGACUCCUGCAAAAGCUAAAAUGCAUUUGAGGGAGUAUCUCGGGCAACAUUUCAGCAAUUUUCUGAUUCCCGACGUCUUUCACGGCAUGGAUUCAUUCCCUAAUACAUCUAAUGGAAAAGUAGACCGUCGAGCACUUCUCGCAUUACUAGAAGAGGCAAAUCAUGCUCUAGAGCCCCUCGACUUUAACGAGACCCUUACACCGCGGGAUGCGGUGCGAAGAGCAUUUUCAGGAGCCCUUGGGGUUCCGGAAAAGCAAAUCUUUGAUUCUUCCUCUUUUAUUGACUUAGGCGGUCAUUCUCUGGCAGCAGUCAUGGUUGUUUCCAACCUUCAGAAACUUUCAUAUUCAGUUGAGGUGUCACGCGUUCUUCAACUGGACAAUGUUGCAACUUUGGCCUUAUCAUUGAAACCAUUUGACACUACAGCUGGCGCGGAUUCCGAUUGGCUUUAUGAAGCUUCCUACAAUUUCAAGCAAGGCAUUGAGCCUUCGCUGCUGAAAGACGUGGAAGUGGAGACAGUGGCUCCCAUGACAGAUAUCCAGACCCGAAUGAUUAGAGCAUCAAUUGAAAAUCCGGGUCACAACUUUAUAAAAGCGGCAAUGACAUUUGAACACGAUGUGGAGAGCAUAUCCGAAACCUUACGGUAUAUCUGGACAAAUGCGCUUCAACCCCAUAGCAUUUUCCGUACCUCUUUCCUGCUAUCGUCCGGAAAAGGUGUACAAAUAGUGCACAAAAGUUUUACAAUGAGGUGGGAAGAAAUUGAGGUGUCUGAAGAUGACUGGCCGGUAUCAUGCAAAGAGUCAGAGUCGCUAGAGGCUGCUCACUCGAAAGUCUUCAAUGAGCAAGAUAUAUUGACCCUGUUCCAUUUCAAAUUACUCGUCGUGCGUCACCGAAAAACAAGACUCAUUUGGACAAUACAUCACAGUCUCAUUGACGGAUACUCUGUCGCCGGAGUAUUCUCUGGGGUACGUGCGGUAGCCAAUGGGGAGAACUUGUCGGAGGUGCCGCAUUUCGCUGAGGCAGCCUUUCAUUUGCAACACAUAGAGCAUCAAAUGGCAGAAGCAGCAGAAAGGUUUUGGGCUGACACGCUGAAGGAUUUCAGUGCGGAUUGCCGAUUGAGAAUUUCACCGCCAGCAAAUUCUCAGGCAUCGAGCCAGGGAGGUCAGAAAUUUACACUACGCGCAACGCUGUCUGGACUUGAUCAAUGCGCUCGAAAGCAUCGAGUAACUGCUGCAACCAUCUUAUACGCUGCUUGGGGCACUCUCCUGUCGCGUUAUACGAGGUCAGAGCGAGUGACUUUUGGAGCGGUUCUCUCUGGAAGAAACCUUCCCAUACCAUUAAUAGACCAAAUCGUGGGACCCUUUAUCAAUACGUUACCGUUCCCUAUUCAUGUAGACGAUGAAAUAUCGAUCUAUGAUAUUCUUCACCAAACAUUCGAAACGCUUUGUGGAAUGUUUGAUCACCAAUGGUCCUCUAACAGUCUAAUCCAAAAAGCGACAGGGACUAGAGGCACUGACUUUUUCGAGACGGUAUUCGCACUUCAAUUUGAUCUACCCAGCACACUUGGCGAUUGGACACAAUUACGGGCACCAAUUGCCUUAACAUUUGAAGAAAGUACAGAAGCGCCGUUAACUGUCCUAGUGGAAGAGGCUAGCGGAAACAUUGUCCUCAGGUGUCUGUACAAGCGCUCCUACUUCAGUGCGGGAAUCAUGAAGCAAAUGAUGUCACAGUUUGACACCAUAUUGGAGACCUUCAUGCGAUCAGAUCCAGACGAUUUUCUGGGAGAGGUGUCUUCGGAUAUUGUGGACAGGUCAUACCUUGCAACGCAUUUCAAUGGCAUUGACCGCAGUAACGAACCCUAUAACGGACCAAGAACGCUCAAAGCAGCUUUCAGCCGCUCUGUCAAUGCACACUUUUAUCUUCCCGCAGUAGAGUGGAGGGCAUCAAUACUCUCAUAUGGAGAACUCGACGAACGAACGAAUGCCUUAGCUUCCUCGCUGGCGCCUCACAUCGCCGCUGGCGACAUAGUUUGCAUAUUGAGCGAUGGAUCUAUAGAAUGGCUUUGUGCAAUCUUAGCAGUAAUCAAACUUGGUGCAGCAUACUGCCCGAUUGAUCAAAGCCUCCCUCAGGAGCGGCAAAAACUGAUAGUGUCCGCCUCUAAGUGUGCUUGCAUUAUUUAUCCGAGCGAUUCAUUCGAAGAUACUUGCAAGUCGUUUGAAGGCAAGGCAUGUUUUAACGUGCAGUCGUGCUUGCUAGAUGCAGAAAACGAAAGGGAUUUCUCAGAACGGGAAUCUUCUCCUGAAGACCGCGUUUGUUUGAUCUUUACCUCCGGUAGCACUGGCGUUCCCAAAGGUGUUCAGCUGCAAAACAUUGGAAUUCUGUCAUUACUCGAUCAUGAGCCAGCUCGGUUACACUCCAAACCCGGUCAAAGAAAUGCUCAACUCCUUUCUCUUGGGUUUGACUGCUGUGUGAAUGAAAUAUUUUCUACCUUAUGUUUCGGAGCUACACUUGUACUGAAAGAUCUCCGCGAUCCGCUUGCUCAUUUAACUCAGGUUGAUGCAACUAUGGCCACUCCAUCACUUCUCUCUGUGUUGGACCCACUCCAUUAUACCAACUUGAAGAUUGUCACCCUAGCUGGAGAAGCCGUCCCUCAGAGUCUGGUAGAUAGAUGGGGCCAUGGAAGAGUUCUGCAGAAUGGCUAUGGACCAGCAGAAUGUACUCUCUUGUGUCUAGUCGGCGAGCUGAAACCUGGUCAAAAGGUAUCUAUUGGGCGACCUGUGCCUCGAUCAGUCUGCUACAUUCUAGAUCAGCGGCUACGACUCGUCCCCAUUGGUGUAAGCGGCGAGGUUUUUAUAUCCGGAGUCCAGGUAACGCCUGGAUACUUUGAUUCCAAUGAACCUUCUGGAAAGAACUUCCUGCCAGAUCCAUGGCACGAUGGCUGGCAAAUGUAUCGAACUGGAGACAUUGGACGAUGGCUAGAGACCGGAGAGGUUGAGUACGUCGGCAGAGAAGAUAACCAGAUCAAGCUUCGAGGGUACAGGAUAGACCUUGGUGACAUCGAAGCUAAUGUAUGCGCCAUUUUGCCGGAUAUUCGAAGCACCGCGGCGCUCAUUAUUGACGGCAAUUUGGUAAUCUUCGUAUCUGCAGAGGGUCUUGACACUUUUAGCGCUCAAAGGCGACUUCAAGAGAUUCUUCCUCACUUUUGUCGGCCAUUUCGGGUCAUAGCCUUGGAACAGUUUCCAACUUCUUCGAAUCAGAAGAUUGACCGAAAAGCUCUCAGUAUGCUUCCCGCCAGCCGCAUUGCCCCCGUUGAUCCUAUAGAGACCGAGACGGAACGGGUCGUAUCUGAGGUGUGGAAACAGGUUUUGGGAAAGACCAGUUCAUUCGAGAUAGGAGCGCAGGAUAAUUUCUUCGAUCUGGGGGGACACUCGCUCCUGCAAAUCCAACUUGCUAAGAAGCUCUCAGAUGCGUUUGGCGUGCACAUAUCCCUUAGGGAUAUCAUUCAGCAUCAGAUCCUCCGAGACCUAUGCAAGGAUCUUGACGUGAUCAUAUCGAAGGAGUCCGGUUCUAAACCAAUGUCAUUCUUGUCCAGCUCUCCCGUUGAGAAGGCGGAGUUAAUGCCCUUGUCUUAUCUGGAGAAAGAUCUUUUUACUGAAAUUAUGGGCGUAAAAGAGACUACAGCGUUUAAUAUGCCGUUCGUUGCGCACAUCAAGGGAAAUAUUGAUAUUUGUGUUCUCAGCCAGGCCGUCAAAGAGGUUCUUCUUUGCAACUCUAUACUGCGGGCAAGAUAUACGUUAGUUGAUGGAUUGCCCUGUCGUUCGAUCGCAUCCAGAGUACAAAAUCCGACUAUCAUCUCUGGCAAGCAUCCGAGCAAUUUCAUUCAGCAAGAGAUUGACAGGCCUUUCAGCCUGGCAGAGGAAAGUCCGGUUCGAGUUUGCUUGCUUUCAGACCGUCCUUCUUCCAGUUUGCUUGUUAUCACAAUGGCUCAUAUUAUCGGAGAUGCCACCUCGCUUGGGAUAUUUCUCAGACAGAUCUCAAAACAGUAUUCACAUUUAGUCGGCUGCAAUGGUUUAUUCGACUCGUCCACAGCAGAUAACUUGCGGUCAGACCAACAGGCGCUAAAUUACCAAGAUUGGGCCUGCUGGGCAAGGGACCAAUUGCCUAAUCCUUCAUCAGAGCAAUUCUGGAGAAGUUAUCUGGCAGACUUGCCUCCUCCUCUUGGUCUUGUAACCCAUGAAAGACCCCGCAAGUAUCGCGGAAUGUCCCGCAGGUGGAGUUUACGUCCAUCCCUCUCUAGGCAACUCAAGCAGUUUGCUUCUGAAGCCGGAGUAACACAGCAUCAGCUCAUGCUUGCCGUGAUUGCCCUUGUCGUACGGAAUCAUUGGACGGGAAAGAACGACGUCAUUCUCGGAGCUCCUUUCGCCGAUCGCAUUGAACCCGGCACUGAAGAGAUGCUUGGCCUCUUCCUCGAUCGAGUGCCAAUUCGCGUCAAGACAGACAUAGGUCAUAAUGCAUCGGCCUUUACUCUACUCGAUCAAACGAGAGAGAGUAGUCAAGCUGCCAUUGCCAACUUCAUGCCUUUCCAUCAUAUUCGCAGGCUCCUCGACGAUUAUGCUACAGCAUCAGACUCUGCUUCUCUCAUCGAGGUCAUGGUGACGUACCAUACUGUCGAUGAGGCGGUUGAUGAGGCGCUGCAAUUUCCGGAUGUCAGCAUUGAGCGCAUCCACGCACAUGCGCGGGGUUCGAAAUUUCCUUUGAUGUUUGAGUUUACAGAGUCCAACUCUGAGAUUGCCAUCGAUAUCGAGUAUGAUAUGGAUUCACUCGGAGACGACAAGAUGGAUGCAAUCGAAUCCACACUCGCGGUAGUAUUAGAGCUGGUCGCACAAAGGAAGAAGAUGGGUGAAAUUUUUUCUGUUUUGAGUAUCGCUCAAAGUGUCUAGUUUUGCUUGCCUUUAUUAGAAGUCAUGAAAAUCAUGGCCCCACUGAUGUUGUAAAUUCCUGUAGUAUCCAGGAAGACUUGGUAGAUGUUUGCGAUAGAUAUCCGUCACGAGAUAGCAAAAUUGUUAGAUAGAUUGCCUGGGCAUUUAAUUUUUAUGUUGCGAAGAUGAUGCGACUGUGGCUUAUCAAGACAUUUUUGUUUCCAUUCCCGC